AUGAAGUUCGCCACCCUUGCCCUUACCGCUGCCCGCCACCACGUGUUCCACCUUCCACCCCAUGCACCCCACCUGUCCAUGAACGCCCAGAGCAUUGCUGACCUUGCAGUCGCCGCCACCGCCUACGCUCAGGAGGCUACGACCCCUGUCGCCGGAACCGACGCUGCUGCCACCCCGACUGACGCCGCCGCUGGCACUGACGCUGCUGGAACCGACGCGGCCGGCACUGCUGUCGACACUGCUGUCGCUGGUGCCGACACGGCUGCCGCCGGUACUGGUGCAGACACCGCUGCUGGCUCUGCCGGCGCUGACACGGCCGCCGCUUCUGCCGCCGCUGACACCGCUGCUGGUAGUGCUGUGGGUACUGCCUCCGGUGCCGCCGGUGCUGGCAGCUCGUCCGUUGGCGCUGGCGCCGCUACUACCCCCGGCACCUCCGCCAAGGCCACCACUCCCACUGUCUCUGGAGCUGGAACUGCAGCCUCUACUCCAGGCGCCUCGGGAGCCGGGGCCUCGUCCGUCAAGCCUUCCACCGCCUCGGGAACUGCUGCCGCCAGCGAGUCCGCCAAGGCCGGCUCGGGCGCUGGCCGCAACGUUGUCGUCUCGGGCGCCGGCGUCGCUGCCGCUGUCAUGGCCGCUGUCUUUGCCAUCUAA